UCGAUGCGGAUUCAGCGUUUCCGCAGCCGGAUCGUCGAUUCAGGUUCAGCAACUCAACAGUCUUGAAUCUUGAAUCGAUUGAGUAAGCAAAAGGUCAACCAUAUCAAUCACGAACUCCUCGUUUUACUCUCUGCCUGUUCUUUUCCAAUCCCCUAAAUAACUCCUUCUUCUGCUCUCCAAUUACUCCAAGGCUGCUAAUAAAUUUUUCAUUAGGAAGAAAAUGAUUUAUUUUAGUCUUCAUGGAUCGACGAUUCACGUUCCUCAUUCCAUGGUACCGUACCGGAUUCAUCGUAUCGGAAUUGAUUGGAUCGUGUUUCCGCUUUAGAAAAAUCGUUCUAGAGAUGUAUACCCCCGUUGUACCCUAUUUUUUCCAGCCUCCGACUCUCGUCCCCCGUUCCCGUUCCUCGUUCCCACCAUACCGAAAACAUGGCAACUAUGAGUCAAACAUGGCAACUAUGAGUCAGAUCCGUUAUUUCAGGCGCUUCUUUCUCUAGGUCUCCACUUCCUGUGUUACUGAAAAUGGAAUCUGGUUAACUGUCAAGUGGCUAGCAUUCUGCAUCGCAAGUUUCACCAAGGCAAAGCCUUGAUGACUUUCAAGUCUGGGUGGCUCACAAAGUCACCGGUCUUGUAUAGACUACUGAUCCACUGAUCACAUCAGACCAAGCAUGGAUGCGAUCAGUACUUUAUUAUACAGCCAAGGGAGUAGUUGUGUAGAGUAAUACUGAUACAAUGUCCACAUGAAGAUCAAGAAUUCCAAGAAUGGAUACGAAAGUAGCGGGCGACUAUAAAGAUGCACCGGGGAUGAAUCACAUCGAUCACAGAUUCAAACGUCUCAAUCCACCUUACCAUUCCCCCCGAAGCCUGCACUACCAUCGUGCUGCUUCUUGUGCUGCGCACAGCUCACCGUCCAUGGAGUCGCAUCGUAAGAGCUGGUGCCACUGCCACCCCCAGUGAGUUCUCCUUGCCCUCUUGUUCGAGAGCCUGAUCAGUCGUGGAUCCAUUCCUCCACGAAACUGUCCAAGUAUGUGUGGUAGAAAAUAUAUGCAACCUCUUGGCACUCUCAGUUCCACACUUCCCCUAGUCCUUGUCCUCUGCUCCCUUGUCCAUGCAUCUUCAUUAGGUGCCACGACACUCCAAAAUGAUUCUAACACCGACCUUCAUGCUCUCCGCUGCCUUAAACUCCAUCUCACCAGCUCUGCUAGACUCCUAGCCUCCUGGACAAAUGACUCGCUGCAGUUCUGCGGUUGGUCCGGUGUUACUUGCAGCAAGACACACGCAUCUCGUGUCGUUGCACUGGACCUCGAGUCACUUGAACUCAAUGGACAGAUACCGCCUUGUAUAGGCAAUCUCAGUUUCCUCACUAGAAUCCACAUCCCAAAUAAUCAACUUGCUGGCCAAAUAACACCUGAACUUGGCUAUCUAAAUAGGCUGCGGUAUCUUAACCUCAGCACAAAUCAUCUUAGAGGCACGAUUCCGAGCACUCUGUCUUCAUGCCUUCGCCUUCAAAUUAUUGAUCUUGGGAGUAACUCCCUUCAUGGUGAGAUCCCCCCAACCCUGAGCCGAUGUUCACAUAUACAACAGCUCAACUUGGGUCACUACAUGCUCACUGGCGGUAUCCCACAAGGGUUGGGGAUGCUCUGCAACCUUUCAGUUUUGGAUCUUGCUAGCAAUAGUCUGACGGGUGACAUUCCACUUUCACUUGGAAGCAGCUCUUAUCUUCAUUCUGUUGUUCUCACAAACAAUAGCCUCACAGGACCUAUCCCGCUUCAUCUAGCUAAUAGUUCAUCACUUCAACUUUUAUCAUUGACAAGAAAUAGCCUGGGUGGAGAGAUUCCUUCUGCGCUGUUUAACAGCACGUCACUUCAAAAGUUAUCACUAGGACUAAACAACUUUGUCGGGUCCAUACCAGCUUCGUCGAACAUUGAUUCACCCUUACAAUACCUUUCUGGCACCAUACCUCCUCGUUUAGGGCUUGUUCGAUUAAUCCCUCCCACAAGGGGAUUGGAGAGGAUUGGAGGGGAUUGA